CGUCGCUCGGCUAUUGGCUGAAUUCACGCAGCGACAAUUUGAAAAUCGGUGCUCGCGUUCCCGGAGUGGGGCAGCAGCUGCACGGAAAACGGAACAGAGACAAAGAUUCUAACCUGUUCUAAAAACAAAGAAGUCGCUGCGAUGUUAUCCGGGGAGGACGGCGGCCAGCUGCAGUGCUGUGUGACGGUGGAGCAGCUUAACGCCUCCGGCCAGGCCACCCGGAGGCAGGUCAUCCGUAAAGCCUCGGUCGUCCUGGGCCGGAAUGAGUUCCACGAGAUUAUCCUCCGCGUCCACGACGGGAAAGUGCCGCAAAAUUACCAUUUGAAAGAAUUCAAACUUUUCACCAAGUUCGCCAGAGAAGGGAAGUGCACCGUCAAACUGCUGCCCGAAAACACCCAGGUGCUCAUCUCCAACUGCCCCCCUGACCGGCUCAACCUCUUCCUCAAAACCCUGAGCGUCAAACACCAGGCCCGGCAGAGCAGCAAGCCUCUGAGCGGCCGAGAGAAGCUCAAAGCCGGUCUGCCCCGCAGCUUCGAGGCCAUCAGCCCCCUGCAGCAAAAGGACAUCCAGAAGGUGAAUGAGCUGAGGGGUAAAGUGGCCCCCACAGGGCUGGCGGAGCGCACCAAUAAGAUGACCCGAGCAGGAACAGGACAACAGGUCAAAAGGUCCAGGAGUGACACGAACUUCAGCCCAGUAAAGGCCAACCCGAGCAAGAAGCCCAUCCUGUCUCUACCAACACGUAAGCUGAAUAAAGAACAGGCGGCUGUCCUCGGUGCAGUGCUGAGUGGCAAGAACAUCUUCUUCACUGGAAGUGCAGGUACAGGAAAGUCCUUCCUCCUGAAGAGAAUCAUGGGAUCUCUUCCUCCAAAGAGCACAUUUGCCACAGCCAGCACAGGAGUGGCUGCCUGCCACAUUGGAGGAACAACAUUACACAACUUUGCUGGCAUUGGCUCCGGCUCGGCCCCGCUGGAGCAGUGCAUCGAGCUGGCUCAGAGGCCCGGCGUGCUGCAGCACUGGACCAGCUGUCGACACCUCAUCAUCGACGAGAUCUCCAUGGUGGAGGCCCAGUUCUUUGACAAGCUCGAGGCGGUGGCAAGGUCGGUUCGGAGGUCUACGGCGCCAUUUGGAGGCAUCCAGCUGAUCGUGUGUGGCGACUUCCUCCAGCUGCCUCCUGUUUCCAAGGGAAAGGAAAGAGCCAGCUUCUGCUUCCAGGCCAGGAGUUGGCGCAAGGUCAUCCAGGUGAACAUGGAGCUAAUGGAGGUGCGGAGGCAAACGGACCAGUCCUUCAUCUCCCUCCUGCAGUCUGUGCGGGUGGGCAGGGUGACGGAGGAAGUCACGGCGACGCUGUUGGGAAGCGCCUACCACCACAUCGAGAGGGAUGGCAUCCUAGCGACCAGGCUGUGCACACAUAAGGACGACGUGGAGCUCACCAACGAGAUGAAACUCCAGCAGCUGCCUGGGUCAGUGCGUGUGUUCGAGGCUCUGGACAGUGACCCAGCCCUGGUGAAGGCCAUCGACGCUCACAGCCCCGUCAGCAAAGUGAUCCACCUCAAAGUGGGGGCUCAGGUCAUGCUGACGAAGAACCAGGAUGUCUCUCGAGGUCUGGUGAACGGAGCGCGGGGGGUCGUGGCCUUUGAGUCUGGAAAAAACGGACUCCCACAUGUGCGUUUCCUGUGUGGCGUCACAGAGGUGCUGAAGCCGGAGCGCUGGGUGUUUAAGUCCGGCGGGGGGGUCCACCUGAGUCGACAGCAGCUGCCCCUCAAACUGGCCUGGGCCAUCUCCAUCCACAAGAGUCAGGGAAUGACCCUUGACUGUGUGGAGAUCUCUCUGGCGCGCGUGUUUGAGAGCGGCCAGGCCUACGUGGCGUUGUCUCGGGCUCGGAGCCUGCAGGGUCUGAGGGUCAUGGACUUUGACCCCCGUGUGGUCAGGGCAGAUCCAGACGUUCUUGUCUUCUACAAGAAACUGAGGAAAGAGAGGCUGCUCAUGCAGGCCUCCAUGGAUGACUUUUUCGGCAACAGCAACAAAGAAAACUCUUGAAGGUGAAUUAAUCUUCAUCCUCUGUGACAUUAUGCACCGUGUGCAUGAGUUAGCAUCUGGUUUUAUUUCUCUUGGGACAAUUUGCUUUUCUUAAACGACUGCAACCAGACAACUUCACGGUUUCUCUUUUAACCGGCAGCACUUACUGCCACCUUCUGGUCAUGUGUUUUUUUUAAGAGCUUAUUUUUAUGCUUUAUUUUUAAUUUAUUAUCAUGAUUGUUGGUAUGUUUUCCAAUAAAGUUCUAGUCAACCUCUA